AUGGCCGCUGGGCUCCAAGAAUAGCUGUGGGGCUGCUGGGGAGGAAGUGACAGGCUCUCUUCACUCACUACUCCAGAGAUUAUCGCGCAGGUAGCUGUAAUCUGGUUCAGGACCGCGGCCAGAGACACCAACCUUCGGCCAUGAAUCCCGUCGAAAGUUGCCCUCAGCGAUCUGCCAGCCAAAGCGGAACCAGAACAAAGCAAACAAGUUGUUUCGGAUGCUGAGAAAUCCCAAUGAACUCGUGUUUCGACUGACUUUUUCGGAAUCUGUGGAGAAGCCGGAGUCGAGGCGACUUUUCCCGACUGUCACGGACAAGAGAUCAAUCGGCCCCAACUUUGGAGUUCAAGCCCCUCAUUUUUUUCGGUCCAUGUGAUUGAGAGGGACGGGGGCACAGACGCAGAGGACACAUCUGUGCGCUCGGUCGGGAGCGCGCAAGGACUGGACUGGUGAGGAUGGAGGUCCGGCCGGACAGGUUCAAGGCCGUGGCAGCCAAGACCCUGGGCAAAAUCUACGGAGCGCUUGAGAAGAAGCAGGAAAAUGGCGAGACCAUUGAGCUGUCGGCGGAGGGACGGCCAGAGAUGGUGGAGGAGAAGGAAAUGCCGGUGGUGGACUGCACCUGCUUUGGCUUGCCGCGGCGGUAUAUCAUUGCCAUCCUCUCAGGAAUUGGCUUCUGUAUUUCUUUUGGCAUCCGCUGUAACCUGGGCGUGGCCAUCGUCAGCAUGGUCAACAGCCACACAGUCUACAAAGACAACAAAGCGGUCAUUGUGAAAGCACAAUUUGACUGGGACCCCGAGACAGUAGGCAUGAUCCAUGGCUCCUUCUUCUGGGGAUAUAUAGUAACCCAAAUUCCUGGAGGGUUCAUCUGUCAAAAGUUUGCAGCAAACAGAGUGUUUGGCUUCGCCAUCGUGGCCACAUCUUUCCUGAACAUGCUCAUCCCUACAGCUGCACGGAUGCAUUUUGGUUGUGUUAUUAUUGUUAGGAUCUUUCAAGGACUAGUGGAGGGAGUUUCUUAUCCAGCGUGCCACGGUAUAUGGGCCAAGUGGGCACCACCACUGGAAAGAAGUCGUCUUGCUACGACAGCAUUCUGUGGCUCUUAUGCAGGAGCUGUCAUUGCUAUGCCGCUAGCUGGAAUCUUGGUCCAGUAUUCUGGCUGGUCAUCAGUCUUCUAUGUCUAUGGUAGCUUUGGAAUCAUGUGGUACUGCUUCUGGAUCUUGGUGUCUUAUGAGAGCCCGGCUGCUCAUCCCACCAUCACAGAGGAAGAGAGGAAAUAUAUUGAGGAAAGCAUUGGCGAGUCGGCUCAACAUUCAGUAACGAAAUUCAACACACCGUGGAGGGCCUUCUUUUCAUCCAUGCCAGUUUACGCCAUCAUCGUGGCCAACUUUUGCAGAAGCUGGACCUUCUACUUGCUUCUGAUCAGCCAGCCAGCGUACUUCGAGGAAGUGUUUGGGUUUGAGAUCAGCAAGGUGGGUAUAGUUUCUGCUCUGCCCCAUCUGGUCAUGACCAUCAUCGUUCCAAUCGGAGGCCAGAUUGCUGACUACCUGCGCUCCAACCAAAUCAUGACCACCACAAAUGUCAGGAAACUCAUGAACUGUGGAGGGUUUGGAAUGGAAGCAACCCUUCUGCUUGUGGUUGGUUUCUCUCACACAAAGGGUGUUGCAAUAACAUUUCUUGUCCUGGCUGUGGGAUUUUCUGGAUUCGCAAUUUCGGGAUUCAACGUCAAUCACCUGGACAUCGCUCCUCGCUAUGCCAGCAUCCUCAUGGGCAUCUCCAAUGGUGUGGGCACUCUGUCUGGAAUGGUCUGCCCUCUUAUCGUCGGUGCCAUGACGAAACACAAGACGCGAGAAGAGUGGCAAGGUGUGUUUCUCAUUGCUUCACUCGUUCAUUAUGGAGGGGUGAUAUUCUACGGCAUUUUUGCGUCCGGAGAGAAACAGCCCUGGGCUGAGCCGGAGCAGCUGAGUGAUGAGAAGUGUGGCAUUCUGGAUGAAGAUGAGCUUGCCAACGAGACGGAGGAGCUGUAUCGCACAAGUGGUGGAGGAGGCUACGGCGCCACGACCCAGGGGGUCGAUCCAAAUGGAGGAGGAGGCUGGGUCUCCGACUGGGACAAAACUGAAGAAUAUGUUCAACCUGCUGGGUCCGACAAUUACAUGUAUGGAAGAGAAGAUUGAGGAUGAAGCCCACUCGCCUCCAUAACACCGCCUUCUCCUGAGGACACGAGAUUGCACAUAGACAGGAACGUCAUGAGGUCAUGCAAUCCCGUUUUUGUUAACUGAACUGGACAGAGACUCCAAAGUGGCGGUGAAAAUGUUAGUCGAUGUAGCGUGUUUGUGUGUGAGCGUUUUAGGGACUCACCAGCCUUCCGCGGAUCUUUGGAUGAGCUGAUGGAACUGGUGUGGAUAUGUAAGUCUUCUUAGAUAAACUGUCACCGGUCACAUUUUAUUUGAUAUGAUUUGUAUUUUAAAUACGUACAGAUGUUGCUUCACAUCACACUUGUUGGCACAGCAAACACCAAAUGCAAUGCGAUUGUCUUUGUGGCCAUUGGACUUGUUUUUCUAUUAAAAAAAACAAGGAACGAUUUCUUCAGAUCUGUCAUCAGAGUCUGGUUUAAUAUUUAUUUAUAUUUAUUAUGUUUAUUUAUGUUACUAAUUCAUUCCAGCUGACUGAAUCAAACCUCUCACGGAUUAGUGUAUUUUCAUUUUCAAAGAUUACAUUUACUCUCACCUUUCUGUGUGUGCGUCAAUUGAAAAUAUUGAGUAGAAGUAUUUUUAUUUUCCACUUUUAAGACAUUUGUUCCUUUGGCCACAAAGUACACGGACUCAGAAGAAGAAUCAUGAAAUAAUCCAAAUAGAUGAGUUUAGGCCACAAAAUUUAGUUUAGUUUUUUUAGUACAACAUUUCAAAUGUGCACAACGAAACGCAUUAUUGUGCCAACCCACUUUUGGCUUCUUCACACGUUAAGUUUAUUUAAAGCCUCUGAUAUGUUGAUAGAGUACAAAUAAAGGGACGAGUUAGUAAAACUAUGCAAUUAUCUAUAUCCUGUAUUAUUUAUGAUUUUGUGCAAAUUCAUGCUUUCAAAAUGCUCGGCUUACACUUAAACUUUUUACGCAUAUUCCAACAGACUAAAUGCUUAAGCUCCUCUGUUACUUCGCUCUGGUGAUAAUAUGUAAAUACAUUUCUGUCAAAUCAAUGUGGAAAACCAUGUUGAUAAUUUAGUCCUUCGUUUUACGUUGUGACUCCACCCGUCACAUCGUUGUUUUGUUGCAUUAGUUGCUUCAUAAUAGUCUCUUUGCCUUUAAUUCUCAUAACUUUGAUACGAUGAUGUCCGUCUGUCUAGGAACCAUGACGUUUAAGGGUGAUAUUCUGCUUCUCAGCCACAAGAGCGCAUGGUGGAGUGAUAUGACAAGUGAAAAGGUUGAAAUAAAAUGAAUUGUUGGACCUUUUUACUGUGAAAUUAGGAGUUGAAUUAUUGUUUGUAGAAGAUAGAAUGUUUCUAGUUGACGCCAAGAGAGGAUUAAAAAUCAAAAACAAACGUUUAAAGACUGCCCAUUGUUUGGCAACUGUGUGCUGUAACAGGUUACGGCUGUCUCUUUUGGUCCCCCUCGACUCUCCCUUCUGUGUAUUGUCUUCAAACUGUAUCUAUCAGCAUUAUCGUAUGAAACAAUACCAGAGGUCAAACUCUGCGUGCAAUACAACUGACCACUAUUUUGUGCUGUUUCCCAGCUCGUUCUCUUCCAUGCAAAAUACAGUGAGUGUGUUUUU